AUGCUGUUAGUCUGUUAGCUUGUUAGCUUCGGGGGGAAAACAAUCCGUAGCCUCGAUAGCAUCAACCACGUGGAUACAUUAACGCGUGACAGAUUCAACCUCUUGCAGUCUCAUCGUCCACUAAAGGAAAAUGGGGGAAUUGGUAGCUCGUGGAUUAUUCAUCCUUCUUUUCGACACGGUGCUGUGUUUGGGACUUUGGGCCGGACUCGUGCAGCUGCAGUGCUCCAGUUGCGGCGGGCUGCCAGGUGUUUGGGCCUUCGGGGCCGUGAAGUGGGCGAGCCUCCAUGUUUUCACCUCUAAACUGACUGAUGGACAGCCGGAGGGUGUUCUCCGAAGGCUGGUGGCGCUCCUCUGCCUUCUGUCUCCUGUGUUUGAAACCGGACGUUUCCUCAUGGCGCCUCCAUCGGAGCCUUACACCGGGCUGACUCCUGACCUCGGCAUGCUGCUCCUGCUUUCCAUGUCGGCAUUGCUGGCCUGCGUGGUUUGGGAAAAGUGCCUCUGUGGUGAUUCAAAACUGACAAAGGAUAACAUUAAACUGGAUGCCAGGCGGCUGCUUGUCAGAUUGGUGAAAUACUACAAACCGGAUACCUUUUACCUGAUUGCAGCUUUCGGUUUCCUCAUUUUAGGUGUAAUCUGUGAUGCAUAUAUCCCAUUGUAUCAGGGGAAUGUCAUCGAUAUGCUCAGAGGUCAAGUACUUCACACCAGCUUCUUUUAUCCAAUUGGACAGCUGGCACUUGUCUCUCUUGGAAGCUCACUGUUCUCUGGCUUAAGAGGAGGAAUAUUUAUGUGCACGCUGGCCAGACUGAACAAGAGACUGAAGGGUCUGCUGUUUAACCGCCUGCUGCAGCAGGAAGUGCACUUCUUUGAGGAGAACAACCCUGGCCGUCUGUCCUCCCGCCUGCACUCCGAUGUGGACAGGAUGGGCCGCACAGUUGCGCUGAAUGCCAACGCGCUGGUUCGCAGCACCGUCAAGAGCUGCCUCAUGCUCAAGUUGAUGUUAGGCCUGUCCGGUGAGCUCACUGUGCUCACCUGCAUAGAGAUGCCACUCUUGGCCCUCCUGCAGAAUAGAUACAUCAACUUGUCCAAGGAUCUGAAGGAUCAGAUCCAGGAAUGCCACGCUCAGAACAAAGAGCUGGCUCACCAGACGAUCAGCGGGAUUCGCACGGUCCGCAGCUUCCAGGCGGAGAAGGAUGAACUGAGGAGGUACAACGAGGCUCUGGACCGCAUGUGCUCCGUGAAGACACGUUUGGGAAUCUACAGCUCCAUCUUCUGCUUAUUACGGAGGCUGGUGAGUCUGGGGAUAAAGAUCCUCAUGCUGGUAAAGGCCCACACUCUCAUCUUGUCGGGUCAACUCAGCGUCGGUAGUCUCGUCUCCUUCCUCUUGUACCAGAAGCCCAUGUCGAACAAUUUAAGGGAGAUUAUGUAUUGCUAUGGAGAGACAAUGUCGACCGUUGGAAUCAUCUCCAAAGUGUUCAGUUAUCUUGACAGAACAUCAAAGUGUAAGAAAGCGGGAGAUUUAGCCCCUAAGAAGCUGGAGGGAAGAAUCGUUUUCCAAAACGUCACCUUCACGUAUCCCUCAGCAGAAGACAAAGUAGCUCUGAAGUCUGUUUCUAUGGAGCUUCAGCCAGGGAAGAUGACGGCCCUGGUGGGUCCCUCCGGCAGUGGGAAGACUUCCUGUGUCAGCCUCCUGAAGAGGCUGUACGAGCCGCAAGAGGGACAGAUCCUGCUGGACGGAGAACCGCUGCACCGUUACAAACACGAGUACUUCCAUCAGAAGAUGGCCCUGGUAUCCCAGAAUCCUGUGCUGUUUUCUGGUUCACUGAGAUACAACAUCGCGUACGGCCUGAAGGACUGCAGCAUCGAGCAGGUGAAGGAAGCUGCAAAGAAGGCCAACGCAGAAGACUUCAUCUCUGAAAUGGAGAAUGAAUACGACACAGAUGUAGGCGAAUGUGGCGGCUCGCUUUCAGAUGGACAGAAGCAGUGCAUCGCCAUCAUUAGAGCUCUGGUUCGAGAGCCGCAGGUCAUCAUACUGGAUGAGGCCACCAGCAAACUGGAUGUUGAAAUGCAGCAUGCUGUGCUGCGGGAGGUUCUGGCCUGCGGUCGGACCGUCCUGGUGGUGGCUCAUCAGCUGAAGACUGUGGAGGAGGCGGAUCACAUCGUCUUCAUAGAGAAGGGAGUCGUCGUGGAGGAGGGGACGCACCAAGAACUCAUGGCCAAGAGGGGGCGCUACCACCGUUUGAAGGAAGAACUGUUCUCUCAAGUCAGCUGAGAAAAGAUCAGUAAAUUAAGUUUUACAGUUUCCAAUUGAAGUUUAGCUGCAACAAGUGAGUGUAUUAGGCAAUACUACAUAAUAGAACAUGGUUGAAUACACUUCCUGUAAGUCGCUUUGGAUAAAAGCGUCUGCUAAAUGACUGUAAUGUAAUGUAAUGUAAUGUAAUGGUAGAAGAACCAGUAAUAUCUGGUCAAGUAGAAGAAUGUAAAUUAAAUUAUGUAAAUUAUGUAAAUUACAUUCUUACUUGUAAUCAAGUAAGAAUGUAGCAGCCAAACCAUCAAGUGUUUUAAUGGAACCAGGAUUAAAAAAAAAUUCUGAAUUCAAGUUUCAUUUGAGAGGAAAAAAAAGUUUUUUGUGUAAAAAAGAUUACUCCACCUUUGAUUUAGAUACUUUCUUUUAUUAUAUUUUAUACUUUUACUUGUGUAAAAUAUUAAUGGACAAUGUGUUGCAGUCGAAUCAUGAUGUGUUUUUCCACCACUGUUUGUUUGUUUCCUUAUGUUUUAUUUGUUUAGUUUGUGAGGUGUUAAUCACCAAAUACAAUUUAAAGUUGUUCUGAUACCAGUACCAGAAAUGCCUCUGAUGUAAUCUUUUAUUUCCUUAUCAUUUUCGGAUUUGUGGGUUUUAUGUCAGCCACAAGAAGUGACUACAACAAAAUAAAAGGAAAGCAUUUAGAAUGUUUGAUUGUUCACUGAGUUCAGGGAGGUUGAAAUUAGGAUAAAUCAGUGAAAGGAGUAGUUCAGGUUCUUAAUGUUGUAUACACAACAAUUAAAGUGAAGCUGUCACUGGAUAUUCAGUUCUGAGGAUUAACUCUUCCUCCAACAUUGCUCUUAUACAUUUGUAUACAACAAUAUGUAAAAAAGAAAAGUUACUUAAGUUGAGCAAAGUCUUAUUUUAAUCUAAGCCAGUGGUAGAGGCAGCAAGGGAGUUUUUAUAAAGUGCUCUCUAAUCCUCUUGCCAAACAGGCAUUGGCAGUUGCGCAACCUGUCAUUUACGAUAAUUUGUUUGUUUUUUCAGCCCUACUCUGCCUCUGAUUGGAUAGUAACAGUUGCCUUUCUUGGCAGUAUUUAUGGCAAAAAAAUUAUAGCAGAUUAACAUGAUUGGUGGAUGGUUGAUAGGUUGAUUAUUUAAAAGGAUGGCAGCCUUCAUGUAUAGUGCUCUCAUAUAGAAAUGACACUUUCCUGAUUAUUGGCGCCUAAGUGGAUGGAAUAAAGCUACAGAUCAGUUUAAAUUUUGAUGUGGUUUCAUAAUUAAACCUAAAUGUUCAUAUGGCACACAACAUUUGAACAAGAACAUUUGAAAGUGGCACAUCAUAUUAAAAAGUCUAAGGUGGUCUAAAACACAAAGUAGUGCAUUAGUAAAAUAUUUAUUACCUGUAAUGAAGCCUUGGGGGGAAAGUCUCUGACUGUCAUUUGUGCCUAUGCGCCAAACGGCAGUUCGGAGUACGCGGCCUUCUUGGAGUCCUUGGGUGGUGUUCUGGAAAGGGCGCCGACUGGGGACUCCAUAGUUCUUCUGGGAGACUUCUACGCUCACGUGGGUAACGACGGAGAAACCUGGAGGGGUGUGAUUGGGAGGAACGGCCUGCCCGAUCUGAACCCGAGUGGUGCUUUGUUGUUGGACUUCUGUGCUAGUCAUAGACUGUCCAUAACAAACACCAUGUUUGAGCAUAGGGAGGUUCAUAAGUGUACUUUACAUUACAUUACAUUACAGUCAUUUAGCAGACGCUUUUAUCCAAAGCGACUUACAGGAAGUGUAUUCAGCAUAGGUAUUCAAGAGAACUACUAGUCACCAGGGGCCGGUAUUUCAAAACUUGUAAUCCAGAUCAGAAUGAUCCGGAUAACCAAAUCCCCCUGUCCUCAGCCACGGAUCAACCUGAUCUAUCCCGGUAUUUCAAAACUUUGCUGGAUUGGAUCAGAGUGAUCCUGAUACCGGCAGAUUGGGAUGUCCAAAUCCGUCCCGCCCCCUGGAUCACAGACAGGAAACAGGAAAUGGAGCCAACAUUUUACAGAAAAAGGAGAAGCUAGCUCAACUAUUGUCUCUGAAUUAAAGUAUAAUCUUAGCCAGUGUUGAUGCGUCCUCAGACUAGAUGAAAGGCAAUCAUUAUAUUGAGUUAACCAAUUAUGUAAAUCAGCACAAAGUUGAAAGAAGAGCUCGGCGAUCUCUAAUUAAGCAGAGUUCGCGCUAAUGCGAGCUAACGCUGCUCCAUUGACUCCUGUGUUAAGGAGCUAACAAGCUAGUAAAUAGGCUAGCGUCUGUAUGUCGCGGUCCACAGUCCAUUUGAAUGCAUUCACUCGCAAGGCAUUGUGUGUAGAUUUUAAAAUGUGUUGUACAUAUCUUUUUAGGAAACAGUUGUUAACAAAGGGGACAGCCCUAAAACCUUAAUAUUAGAUUUUCUUUACAGAUGUCUGUGGGAAGAGACUUGCACAGACUUGCUCCAAAUGGCAUUACUUUUUGAGCUUUGGCUAUGUCAUGUAAAAUAUUACAUUCAUAUGUAUAAAUGCACACAUACAAAUCUCAAACACAGUAUAUUUUGUCUAUGCUUUCACAUCACACCACACUGUGCACAUUGCGGUAAAUGAUUAUAAGUUCUGUUAGAAGGUCAAAUACUCCGGACAGGGCAUUCUAGUGCCUGGCCGUGCGAUGGAAUAGAACAGAGACACUUAAAGAAGGAAUGUGCCUUUACGACCAACUGACCACAGAUAACAAAGGCUCUUUUUACAACUAAUUGACCAAGGCCCUCAGAAAAUCUAAAAGUCUAAACCAAGAGCCGCCUCUCUCAUUUUUGGACCUAUCAUAUUCAACUCACAAAACCUAUAUAACAUGAUGCGCACUCUGUAUAAGCGCCUUUUAGUUGCUGAACUUCUCAGUACUGCUAGGCCCGUGCACGUAUAACUGCUGGGCGAUAUACUCCUGUUAUCCUAAAAUAAAUACCAAUUUGUUUUAAUUUGAA